CUUCAACUCCAAUAUCUUAUUUAUUUCCAUUAUCACAACAAUCGUCGGAUGCGGUUCCGUCAUCGUUGCAAUGGGAUACUUGACAAAUGAUGAGUUCUUUACCAAGCUCACCGAGCUCUUCGAUAAGAGGAAAGGCGCAGACCAUGGCUCUAUAGUCUUGGUGCAGAAGAGACUGUCCUACGACCAGCACCUACCAGAGUCAACGAGCGAUACGAUAUUUCCCGAUCUACAUCCUCCAAAGCCUAUGCCCGUACUCGUCAGAGCGACAAAUGCGAAAGGAAAAGAACGUCGUCAAGAUAAGAUCAAGAUAUCGACCGUAGUCGAACCUGAUUCACUUUCCGCCUUCUUUGACAAGUACGCUGAGGUAUGCAAAUCCGGCAUGACUUCACUGAAGCCGAGAGAUCGCAGCAAGAGAAAGGGAAAGGCAAGGAAGAAGAAGGGAACCGUCGUAACAUCCGCUCCUUGAUCUACAGUUUAGAUUCCGUGCAUGCUAUCAGCUAUCACUUCCCGCACUGAGCAUUGACUUGGGAUUUGGUUUAUAUCGACGUCGAGUCCUAUCUGCUGCUCCCAAUGCAAAAGAAAGGGUUUAUCCUUAGACCUCCACGUAUAGGCUCAGAAUGGAUGUCGCUACUGGGAUAUCUCUCCUAGGCUACGUAUAUGGGAAACUAGAGCUCUACAAAUGUCUUCUUAGCUUGGGCAGUCAUGAGGCUGCCGGCUAUGAGCAAUGAGCCGAAGCAUAUGCUUUCACCAAGAACGGUGUAUUGUUUAAUUUAGCACUGAAUACCCUAAAUACAAACACCCUAUAAUCCUCAA